UGGUCCCGCAGUGCGCAGAGGCUCCGGUGGUCUGGCGGGGAUGCUGCUCUCCCGCCGCGGGGCCGUCGAGUGGGCGGGCAAGCCUACCAGAAAGGGAGCCUCCAGUAGGGCACAUCUUUCGGGCAGGGGGCUUCUGGAGAAGUGGGAGGGGUCCUUCCAGAGAGGAUCCCUGGAAUUAGCCGAAGAGGCGGUGGAUCCCCUGAGUGAGACCGCGUCAGUAGGCGCGGACAGGGAGAGCUUAGUGACCAGGGCAGUGGGUGUGCAGGUGACGCCUGAGGAGGGAGAGCCAGCGAGGUAGGGAGAGAGUGAGGGCAGGGGUCUCAGGGAGCAGAGGGGCUUGCACUCAGGGCUCUGGGGUGGUGUGUUUGCACCAGUGCGGGCAGGUGGGUUUUGCAGGGGUGGAGGCCAGAGAGACAUCAGGAGAAGGUGACAGGAGAGGGAAGGAAGGGUCCAUGUGGCCACAUGCUGAAGCCACAGGGGAGCACGAGGCGCCCGGAGAGACAGCCGACUCUUGGCAGAGAUAGCUCAUCCGGAGGCUGCACAGCGUACAGCAGGGCCAGGAGCUGAGGGGCACCGGGGCCGCCCUGGGGCAGGGUGACGGACUCUGGGGUCAGCUCGGGAUAGGCCUGGAAGACCAGAAGGGCAGAGGAAGAGUGGGAUGGAGGUGGGGACAGUGCUUGGACUUGUGGGCUGUGGGGUCCCUAGGAUGGAGUAUGGGGGGGCGGCCCUGAGAGAGGCAAGAUGGAAACACCACAAACCCUGCCUUCAAGGGACUCCGGUCCACGUGGGAAAAAAGUUGAGUACAGGGCAGGAGUCAGACAGGAGCAGGUGGUGCCAAGGCCUCUCUGUGCUGGGCACAGGCCUGUCACCCGCAGCCCCUGCUGCCCACCUCCUCAGGCCCCCUCCGGCACCUCGUUCAUUUUGCUCUCAGGACCCCAAGCCCCUGACCUCCUCAGGUAACAUUUCCCUGGGGGACUCAGGGAGCUUCUGCUUCUGUUCAGGGCUUGGGGUCUCCCGGUUCCUCCUGCCAGCUUUUGAGUCAAGCGAGGCUAAAUCCAAAAGGCGAUCCUGGAGGCAGCAAAGGACCUUAGAGCGAGGCUUUGGCACAAACCAACCAAUCCAGAGCCCACACUCCCAGCUGUCUCCUUUAUGAGACUCACACCCCACACCAAUGUUUCCCUGCCCUACAUCACCCCAGCGCCAGGUAUGGGACAACUAGAGACCAACCGUAACCUGAUAACCUGCAGCCUGCUGAAAUUAUUCAAACACAUGAUUCUCAGCUUACUCAGCGUGCCUGCUCUGCCUUGCCCAUUCUUUCCUGCGGAAACCCCAGUGAAGGCUCUGGGCCACACCUUCCCUCCCCUCUUUUGCCUCCUCACCAACCUAGUGCUUCCCUGUGUGGCCCCAUGUGGUGUGCCCUGCCUCCCAUUCCAGAGACCCCAGGUCUCUGGGCCGGGACACGCGGAUCCCCACCCACGCAGGCGCAUGGAGGCUGUGACGUUUGGUGAUGUGGCUGUGCACUUCUCACGGGAGGAAUGGCAGUGUCUGGACCCUGGCCAGAGGGCCCUCUACAAGGAGGUGAUGCUCGAGAACCACAGCAGUGUGGCCGGACUAGCAGGAUUCCUGGUCUUCAAGCCUGAGCUGAUCUCCCGGCUGGAACAGGGGCAGGAGCCAUGGGUCCUCGACUUGCAAGGAGCGGAGGGGAGAGAGGCAGCCAGGACCUCCCAGGCAGAUUCUACGAUCGGGACCGAGAGUGAGCAGGCCUGUGAAGACAUUGACCGUCUAAAAUCAGAAUCCCAUGUGGUCAUGGUCAAAACCCCGUCCCAGGACUUUCCCCAGAGUCCUGGCUUUGGAGAUGCCUCUGAUCCCGAGGUCUGUUCAGAGAGUCAGCCAACCUCCCUCUUCCAGAAAAACUGCUUGAAUAUAGGGACUGUGGCUCCCAGGGAGACCUUCGCUGAGGAAGAGGCCCAGGGGUGUGGCGAGCGGGGGAGCGGUGGCCGCCUGGGUUGUCGACGUGAUCAAAGUCAGGGGUCCUUGCGAAGAUGUGACAUCUGUGGUAGGAAUUUCCGAUCUACUUCAGAUGUCUCUCUGCAUCAGGAAAUUAAUACACAGAAGAGACCUAACAGCUGCCAGGAGUGCCAAAAAAAAUUACCUGAUUGCUUACAGGGGAGACAUCUGAGUACCUUGCAUGGUGAGAAGCCGUAUGAGUGUGAGGAGUGUGGGAAGGUCUUCAGGUUGUGCUCACAGCUUACUCAGCAUCAGAGGAUCCAUACUGGAGAGAAGCCGUUUAAAUGCACCGAGUGUGGGAAGGCCUUUCGUCUGAGCUCGAAACUCAUUCAGCAUCAAAGGAUUCACACUGGGGAGAAGCCCUACAGGUGUGAGGAAUGUGGAAAAGCCUUUGGUCAGAGCUCUAGCCUCAUCCACCAUCAGAGGGUCCACACGGGAGAGAGGCCCUAUGGCUGCCGGGAGUGCGGGAAGGCCUUCAGCCAGCAGUCUCAGCUGGCCAGGCACCAGAGGACCCAUACGGGAGAGAGGCCCUACCCAUGCCAGGAGUGUGGGAAGGCCUUCAGCCAGAGCUCAACCCUAGCUCAGCACCAGCGGAUGCACGCUGGGGAGAAACUUCAGCUCCCAAGAGCCCCGGAUAGCCCCAGCCUGGUUGCACAUCAGAGGUUGCAUGCUACCGAGAAACCGUUUAAGUGUGACGAGUGUGGGAAGGCUUUCCGGUGGGUCUCCCGCCUUAGUCAGCAUCAGCUGACGCAUACUGGAGAGAAACCUUAUAAAUGCAACAAGUGUUCAAAAGCCUUUGGUUGCAGCUCACGGCUUAUUCGCCACCAGAGAACUCACACUGGAGAAAAACCAUUUAAGUGUGAAGAAUGUGGGAAAGGCUUUGUCCAGGGCUCACACCUAAUUCAGCAUCAGAGAAUUCACACUGGAGAGAAGCCCUAUGAGUGCAGUGACUGUGGGAAGGCCUUCAGCCAGAGCUCAAGCCUCAUUUACCAUCAGAGGAUCCAUAAAGGGGAGAAGCCCUACGAGUGCCUCGAAUGUGGAAAAGCCUUCAGUAUGAGCACACAGCUCACAAUACACCAGCGGGUGCACACGGGGGAGAGGCCCUAUAAGUGCAGUGAAUGUGGGAAAGCCUUCAGUCAGAACUCCACCCUUUUCCAGCACCAGAUCAUUCACGCUGGGGUGAAGCCCUAUGGAUGCAGCGAGUGUGGGAAAGCCUUCAGCCGGAGCUCGUACCUCAUCGAGCACCAGAGGAUCCACACUCGAGCCCAGUGGUACCACGAGUAUGGGAAUACUCUGGAAGCUUCUACCCACGUGAGCCGUAAGAAAGUUAAUACUGUAAAGAAACUUCAUAAAUGUAACGAAUGUGAAAAAAUAUUCAGAUGGCGCUCGCAUCUAAUUAUACACCAGAGAAUUCACACUGGAGAGAAACCUUAUAAAUGUAAUGAAUGUGGCAAAGCUUUUAAUAGGAGCUCAAGGCUUACUCAGCAUCAGAAAAUUCACAUGGGAUAGACCACUCACCUUUACGAAUGUGUAUAAAUGUGAAUAAACCUACAGCCUUAACUUAUUAUGGGAUCAUUUAUACUGACGAUUUAGAAUGUUGUGAAAGAUUCAGAAUUGCUCUCUUAGGAGAGAGAACAUCCAGAUUCACAUGAGGUAUAUGUUUAUCUGCUGGCACGUUUGACCUUCAGUAAAGCCCGUGUCCCUCACAUCAAGGUGCACAUGUGUAGCAUUUGAGUUCACAGAGGGAAGACCCCAGGUCCUGCGGACGAGGAAGAGGCAUGAGAAAAGCCCCGUGAGCCCCGCCAGACGAGUGGAUCGAAAGAAGUUACCCAGGACGUCUUCCUUAAGCACCAGGUACUCAGACUGGCUUCAGCAGCAAGAUAUGCUCACUUGUGUCCGCGGGGCCCCAGGCAGCGUGGCCGGUCCCCCUCACCUGACUCCCCCGGCAGGGCCUCUGGGGAGGAGCUGGCUCCAGCAGCAGUGCCCGGGCCCAGGGACAGUGUCACUGGCCCACCCUACGUCCAGAGCCCAGCUGCUUCGGUUACAAGGAUCAGAUGCGCAGCCCUCACUGGGAUUCCCAGCCCGGCCCUCAGCAUUGCAGGAGACUCACCUCAGUCCCGAGAACACCACCAGAGGCUGGGAUGUGUGUUGUUGGCUGCUGCUGGCCAGACGUCCUCAAAACUCCAGCCAUGGGGACUGCCCAAACUGGGGGGUCUGCGAGCAGACACACGAGCCCGUGCGUUCUCACAGGCCUGAGGACGGUGGAGAUGCCUGCUCACCAGGAUCAGUGUGUCGGCGUGGUCUUGUGGGCCCCACAGGUCCCAGGGCAGAGGGCCCCACGGGUGCUGAGCAACGGGUGCGCGUGAGCGAGCCUGCUCCGCCCACAUCACCUUCUCCCUGGGUUUUCUCUGCCAGCCCAGCCUGGAGAAACAGCCAGGGUAGAGUGGUCAGGGCCCUUGGUUUCUUGGCAUGGGUGGAAAGAAUGUGCUGGGGAGAUCACCGCUCCGCCCACCCCUCUGGUGAACCUGACUGACAGGCUGGGGCUGCGGAGCAGCUCACAGAGCAUCUCAUCAAGGCCUGUGAGCCACAGGAUGAGGCUGACAUGUAGCAUCAAGUCCAGCCCUGCUUGGGGCCCUGGACUCGGCAGUGGUGACUCGGGACCAGGUGUGUCAUUUGCACAGGCUGCCACCCAGGACCACCCCCCGAGACCUGCCAAUCUUUGGUGCCAUUGCCAAUAAUCACAGGCCAAGGGCGGCCUGCCACAGAGAAGCCACUUCUCCCAUGUACGGACAGGUGAACCUGAGGGACAUAGGUCACUUCAGGAUUUAUUGCAACACGACUUGGGUCACCAUCACACUGGUUGGGUGAAGCCCAGAUCGCCUUGUGCGACAUGGCCCAGAAUCAGCCCAUGGGUUUGUAUCAGGGGAAACUGCUGCUCCGUGUGUACUGGAGGGCCUGGUGGGGCUGGGGACAGUGGAGUUCAGGGUGGCCGAGUUCACGUGAGUUUUCGUUCUCAGCACGUGGACAGGGACUCAGCCCCACGGCAGCUCAGCCUGAUCUGCCAGUUCACCUGACAAAAGGUAUGACAUGUUCUCAGGUUGCAGUGUUGUCUCUGGGGAUGAGGAUCAUCCCCCAACCUGCACCUUCGGGGGUGUUCCCGCCCUGGGCGGAGGACACCAUGCAGUCAUUGUGGCCCUGCAGCAGCUGUAACCCCAUCUCCCUGGCCGUCCCCUGCUCCACCCAGAGCUUGUGUCUGAAGGGUCAGUGCGAGAGCGCAGGGAUUUCUACAGACUGUGCAGAGAUCAUGUUCCCGCCUCGGCUGGUGUGCUCAACCAGGUGGUCACCGCCAUCAGAGCCGGACAGGGUGGGCACAUGUGAGUGGGCUGCAUCUUAGGCUUUGUGAGCCACCCAAGGAUGGGACAAGAGUCAGGGUCCCGGUGCUCGUGCCACACGCGCCCUCCACUGGCGCCUGGUGCCACCAUGUGCUGGAAGGGCCUCCCGAGGCCCCGUGCUCUCGCCUUCUGGCUCUGUGAAGGCUGUUUGUCGCUGGGUGUGCCGUCCCCACAAGGGAUUUGUCUCCUGGCCACUUUCUGGUAAUGAUGGACAAAGGGGUGGAAGGCCUCUGGACUCCAGGUUCUGCACUGGGUAGGAUGCUUCUGUUUUCCCCUAACAGCACUUGCAGGCUCGCCAAAAAGGGCCAGAGGGACCAGCCUUAAAUCUGUUUCAGCACCUGGAUUCUUUCUGGAUCAGCACGGUCCUAAGUCGGGCUGGCUGACUGUGUGGCCCGUGGGCCAAAUGCGGACCUGUGCCCACAUCUGUGAGGCCUGCUGAUCAGCCUGAAGCCACUGGGACCUACACGGCCCCCAGAACCUGAGCCAGAGUCAGUCCUGCAAAUGCCCUCAUGUCCAGGAACUCAAUCACAGACAGCCAAGGAGUAAGGCAGCUGCUUGAGCUGUAGCCCAUCUGACGCUCCGCCUUCUGGCUCCGCCUCUUGGCUCCGCCUCCGAGGGCCCUGUGGGCUCCUGAGCGCUUCAGCUUUUGGUGCUGCUCCCAACCCAAGGUUGCUCGGAUCAGCGUCAGGGUUUUCAUGUGCCUGCUUUUACCUUUUAUCAGGCCACGAGCUAAGGGUGGGUUACGUUUUUAUGUGGUUGGGGGGGAAAGACUAUUUUGUGACAUUUGAAAAUUAUAUUGAAAUCAGAUUUCAGUGUGACCAAAUAAAGGUUCUUGGAACACAGCUGGCCCAUUUGUUUGCCGGUUGCCUCUGACCGAGUGGCAGUCCUGCCUCGUUUACUUGGGUAAAAACUUCAUGCCUCCAGCCUUUGAGGGAUUAUUUUUCCUCUCUCUUCAUAGUGUGCUUUGUUCACUUAAAUGUCCCAAUACAACCAAGAAUUCAACAGAAAUACAUCUCAAGCUCUGCAUUCCAGUCUAGAAUAUCGACUGCAGAAGUACAGGGUGAGGAGUCCUUUCUUAGCUGAGUCCAUGUGAAAAAGAUGUGUAGUAUUCGUGUGUCA